AUGGCCCACAUGCAGGAGAUGGUGGCGUCCCGCGUCGCGGAGGCUUCGAAGAGCGCCGAGAGCGGCAUGGCUCGCCAGCUCUUCCGCAUCGCGCUCUCCACGCUCCCCCGCGGCGGCGGCAACGGCGACGACAUCCGCCUCGGCAUCCUCCAGAUUAUGCGCGAGAACGGCAUCAAGGAGGGGCACCGCCCCGGCAUCGAGGACGCGUUCAUCCAGCAGUGGCACCAGAAGCUCCACUCCAACACCACCGUCGACGACAUCUACAUCUGCGAGGCGUACCUCCACUUCCUUCACACCGGCGUGUGGGAGGAUUUCUGGACGUACCUGUGGGAUAACCACGGGCUCACCAAGGACGACCUGGCGGAGAUGAAGGCGGGCUGGAGGACGGAAGGAAUUCACGGCCCUGCGGAGCACCUUCCCCACAUGAUCGACCCGAUGAAGCACUUCCUCUGGAUUCUCAAGAUCACCCACGGCGGCGGCAGCAUGGACAGCGCGAUGGACUUUGCGCACGGCGUCCUGCCCGGAGAUCUUCAAUACGAGAUCCGCGACAUGCUCGACAACAGGGACGCGCCUUGGGUCCCCAACAAGAUCGUGGAGCUGCGCGAGCGCCUCGCGGGCGUGUGGAAGUACGGCCCGGACUGCAACCGCGACGUGGUCUUACUCGACAUCGCCAUGGAGAAGUUCUACCGUCAGCGCAUCGAGGCGAUGAACACCGCCGGCAUGACCGCGGACGACAAGCUCGGCGCCCUCGAAGCCGCCGUGCGCAACGUGUGCAUCGGCGGGGAUUUCGACCGCAUGCAGAUGGCGCUCGAGUUCCUCCGCAAGGCGAACGGCCCGGCGGAGGCGAACGGUGGACUCGUCCGGUGGUCCGCCGAGUGGGGCAAGGCGAUGGACGCGGCGUUGGACAACGUCGCCCUGGCCAUGGAACACCACAUGGACGAGCUGUGCUCCUACGCGCAGCGCCCGGCGUACUCGAUCGGCCUCAACGCGGAGGUUGACUUCGCCUACCUCGACAACUUCGGCGAGGAGCUGGGCGGCCUCGAGGAUAUUCCCCCCGGAGUCACCGCGGUCAUAACCGCUUCGCCGGUGGACCUGCUGUCGCACAUCGCCAUCCGCGCGAGGCAGAUGAAGGUGCUUCUCGCCGCCAUGCCCGACCCCGGAGGGUGGGCGGAGCUCAUGUCCAUGUCGAGCGAGGGCGUCAAGAUCGACAUCGUGGGCGAGGAGGUCAUCGUGAAGAAGUCCGAGCUCGGUCCCGCGGCGGCGGCUACCGUCGCGGGCCCACCCACCGGACAGUAUAUCGAGGGCCUCACCAUCACGCCCAGCGCCAACUGCCCGGUUUGGCUGGUGGAGCCCAAGGACUACGCCGACGGCAUCGUCGGAGGCAAGUCCAAAAGUCUCAGUAACCUGGGCUUCAGCACCACGCUGAGCACCUACGCGAUGAUGUCCGAGACCAUGCGCGGCGGUGACCUCACCGUCCCCACCUCCAACGCGCUUCCCUUUGGAUCUUUCGAGAAGACUCUGAGGGCGGACGAGGACACACUCGAGAAGGUCGCGGUCGCCACCGCCGCCGUCGCCGCCGCGGACGACGCGGGCGACGCCGACCUCCGUCGCGAUGCUCUCGACGUCCUCCGCGAUAUCAUCGUCUACAGGCUCAAGAUGCCGGCGGAUCUCAAGCCCGUGCUUGAGCAGGCGAUUGUCUCCUACGGCGGCAUGGCCACCGUCGAGGGCGUUUGGAGGGCGAUCAAGAAGGUGUGGGCGAGCAAGUGGAACGAGCGAGCGUACCUCAGCCGAAAGGCUUGCGGCGUGGAGGAGGAGGAGCUCUGCAUGGCGACGCUGCUAAUGGAGCUCGUGCCCGCCGAGUACUCCUUCGUGCUUCACACCGCUAACCCGGUGACUGGCAACCAGAACGAGGUGUACGGAGAGAUUUGUGUCGGCCUCGGCGAAGCCUUGGUCGGAAACGAGCCAGGAAACGCGCUCUCUUUCACCGCGCAGAAGGUCAAGGGUUUCCCCCACGAUGUUCGCUCGCUCCCGUCCAAGCCCGUCGCGCACGUGGCACAGGCGAACACGCGCACGAUCAUCGCGAGGUCCGACAGCAACGGCGAGGACCUCGAGGGUUUCGCCGGCGCCGGACUCUACGACUCGGUCGUCGUGGACGAACCCGAGCUCAAGCCGGUGGCGUACGCAGACGAGCCGCUGAUCUGGGACGCUGAGAAGCGAAGUGCGAUGAUCCGCAAGCUCGCGGAGCUCGCGGUGGCGAUCGAGGUGGAGAUGAAGUCGCCGCAGGACAUCGAGGGGUGCAUCGUGGGCGAAAACUUUUACAUCCUCCAGUCGAGACCACAGGUUCUCCACUAG